AUGGCCCAAUGCAGGCAGCAGUUCUUCAAGAGACGAAAGCCACCACGUCCGGCGGCGAUCCUCUUCCUCUUGAGUCUUCCUCUUGAGUCUUCCACGUCCGACAGCCACCUGCUCGUGUGCAUUCAGUUUGCAUUCCCGAGCAUCCUCACCCGCCUCACGGUAUUGAGCAAUCUCAUUAGCUCCACAUUAUCAACCUUCAUCACAGACCUCUCCACGUCGGCCAAGCAUCGCGCAGCUACGUAUAGCAGCGGUGGUGACGGCGCCGGCGCCCGAUACGGACCCCGAUUAAUGCGAGCUUGCAACUACACCAACUUUGGGCUUGAGGACGGAUAAAUCAUAAGGGACGCGACUCGGCGUUAAAAUGGAUGACGAACACCCUGGC